CCUUACUCCGUGCUGGAACUCUCGCGAGAUAUCAAAACAACGUUGGUACAAAGUGUGCGGGUGAGUUUUUAAGACUUAAGGAGUGAGUGGCCGUUAAGGCAGGACUUCGUGAAGCGUCUUGGAAAACUGUCAAGACGAGGUCGGACGAGGGACAUCCUGUGGAGCGCGGUUACCCGACGGCGUCUCCUUGGCCUGCACUUUCCCUAACGGCUCACGAACUGGACCCUGUGGCAGCCGCGUGGGGACGGAAACUCUACCCAGGUACGGGUACAUCCAGAGUUGCCGGUCCUGGUCUGAUGUUCGGUCUGCAUCAUCAUCAAGAUGCUACCGGGCUACACCACCACCAUCAACCACGUGGUCCUAGUCUCAAAGAGGAGCCACUUUCAACAGCCCGGUCCUGGAUGCAAGGAACCGUUUCGGAUCAAAAUGGGUCUCAAGUAGGCCGGGCUCAUUUUGAGAAACAGCCGCCCAGCAAUCUGCGGAAAUCGAAUUUUUUCCACUUCGUCAUCGCUCUCUACGACCGUGCCGGUCAGCCGGUGGAAAUCGAGCGAACGGCUUUCAUCGGCUUCAUCGAAAAGGACCAGGAAGCUGAUGGACAAAAAACCAAUAAUGGAAUCCAGUAUAGGCUGCAACUUUUAUUCGCCAAUGGUGUUCGACAAGAGCAGGAUAUCUACGUCAGACUAAUCGACUCCGUCACAAAACAGGCCAUCAUCUACGAGGGCCAGGACAAAAAUCCGGAAAUGUGUAGGGUGUUGCUGACACACGAAAUUAUGUGCAGUCGGUGUUGUGACAAAAAGAGUUGCGGAAACCGAAACGAAACACCCUCAGAUCCUGUGAUAAUAGACCGAUUUUUCCUUAAGUUUUUUCUCAAGUGUAACCAGAAUUGUUUGAAAAACGCUGGAAAUCCAAGAGACAUGCGAAGGUUUCAAGUUGUGAUAUCAACGCAAGUAGCUGUAGAUGGACCUCUCUUAGCCAUAUCUGACAAUAUGUUUGUACAUAAUAACUCAAAACACGGGAGGCGAGCGAAAAGGCUGGAUCCUACUGAAGGCCAAUUUCCAGGACUGUACCCACCCCUUCCAGUGGCCACCCCCUGCAUAAAGGCCAUCAGUCCCAGCGAAGGAUGGACGGCGGGAGGAUCGACAGUUAUUAUAGUGGGAGAUAACUUCUUUGAUGGACUACAAGUCGUUUUUGGCACUAUGCUCGUUUGGAGUGAGUUGAUAACGCCGCAUGCAAUACGAGUCCAAACGCCGCCACGUCAUAUACCUGGAGUAGUAGAAGUAACGUUAUCCUAUAAAUCAAAACAGUUUUGUAAAGGAGCGCCUGGACGAUUUGUUUAUGUUUCUCUUAAUGAACCUACUAUUGACUAUGGCUUCCAAAGACUACAAAAACUUAUACCCAGACAUCCCGGAGAUCCGGAAAAAUUACCUAAAGAAAUUAUCCUCAAGAGAGCAGCAGACUUAGCGGAGGCGCUUUACUCCAUGCCUCGAAACAAUCAAUUAUCAUUGUCGGCGCCGAGGUCUCCCACCAUGGGUAACAACGGUAUGACGUCCACAUUCAAUGCGUAUACGGGUCAACUGGCUGUCAGCGUUCAAGACAACGGAAACGAAGACUACGGGGGGCGGACACAAAGUAGUAGCGUAUCACCGCGCGGUGGUGGCUACUGCUCCAAUGCAUCAACACCUCAUUCUUCAAAUGGAGGCGGUUCAUACGCGGGUGGAGGUGGAGGAAGCAACAUUAACGGAGGUUACGGAGGAACAACACCUACAAGUACCACUUCACAACUCUCCAACAUGCUGCCAGGAUCUCCUUCAGCUGGAAUAUUUAACUCCACACCAAGAAUGAGUUUAGUCUCCUCGCCAUUCGCCUCAAUGAACCCCUUCGCUCUUCCGACAUGCAACUCGCAAAGCUACGGCUCUUCGACAGCGCUCGUUGGCUCGAGCAAGUAGCCCGAGGUAUGUCCUGCCAGUCCCAACACCCCCCAUAGUAACGUUUCGUCUCCCCAAGACGUCGCCAGUGCAAUGUACUCCGCAUAACGCGUACCAAAGACUUUAGUUGUAGAUGUCAACGAAAAAUUGAAUAUCGGUAGAGGAUUGGUUGGUAUUUUUGGGUUGAACUUUUUUGAUAUAUAAUUCGUGUCUAAUUCUUUUGAACUUUUUGUUGUCAAAAGAUUAUUUAUUGAAAUUUACCGUUUUAUAUCAACAAUUUUUGUUAACUAGCAGUUGACUUAAUAAAAAAAAGUAUCUGAACAUAUAUAUCAAAUUUUUUUAAAUUUUAUUUAAAUUUUUCUUACCUACACCCGAGAGGGUAGAAGGUCUAAAGAUUAUAUAUAUAAUUUUUUUAAGAAAAGAGGAAAGUUCCAGAUAGAAAAUUCACUAUUAAAAUACAUAAUAGUAAAUAAUUUGGAAAGUAAAAUUUAAUAAAAAAUUU